AUGAGUUCAAUUUAUCAAACUCUUUUCCUUGCAAUACUCGUCUUUUGUUUGGGUUACACUUACUGUGACGUCUUCCCUACAUUUGGCGACAAGACACAUGUAGGUAGUUGGAGGCCCGUGAAGAAUUUGACUGACAUAAAAGUGGUGGAAAUUGGCGUGUUUGCAGUGGGAGAGCACAACAUUAGGGACAAGACCAAACUGCUGUUUCAAAAAUUGAUUAAAGGUGAGACGCUUCAAGGGUAUGCAACAAAAUACAACCUAACAAUCUCUGCCAAAGACGGUGUUCGUGAUAAUAUAGCGAAAAACUAUGUUGCUCUUGUUGUUGAAGAGCAGAUUAUGAAAAUCUUGCAUCUUGUUUCCUUUAAAGGACCUAUUUAG